UGGUGUAUAUAGUGAGGGGGUGAAGGGAGGAGGUGGAGAGGAGACACUGAACACUGUGAAUGGUUGGUGUAUACAGUGAGGGGGUUGAGAGAGGAGCUGGACAGGAGAUACAUUGUGAAAGUACAGAGGCCAAUGACUAAGAAAAAAGACCAAAGGACAGACAUGCCAACAGGAAGAGAAGGGAAUGACAGAAACAUAUGAGAAGGAGAUGAAAAACAUUUUCCCUGAUUUAAUAUAAGUCUGAAAGCCAACAUUAGUGAGGGCUAUUUUGGUCUGACAAAAGGAGUGGACAGAAAGAGAGGCAGAAUAGGAAAGUACUCCUGGAAUUGAAAAGCUACUGUUGGAAUUUAAAAGGUCAAGAUGGGAGCUCGUAUAAGGCGUUACUCGGACGCCAUGCCACUCCCAGACUCCUUCAUUCAGAAGCAGCAGCUGGAUGCCAGCAUGGCCGACACAUUCCUGGAACACCUGUGUCUGCUGGACAUCGACCAGGAGCCAAUUACAGCCCGUAACACCAGCAUCAUCUGCACCAUCGGUCCUGCGUCUCGCUCCAUCCCCAAAUUGCAGGAGAUGGUGAAAGCAGGAAUGAACAUUGCUCGACUCAACUUCUCUCAUGGCUCUCACGAGUACCAUGGUGAGACCAUCAAGAACAUCCGUGAGGCUGUGGAUUCAAUGACCCCUGACCCCUUAUACUACAGGCCAGUAGCCAUCGCUUUGGACACCAAAGGCCCCGAGAUACGCACAGGCCUGGUUCGAGGGAGUGCAGCAGAGGAGGUGGAGUUGCAGCGUGGGGCCAGGGUGCGUGUGGUGACCGAUGAGGGGAACAGGGACAGUACAGAUGGCAGGGUAAUCUGGGUGGACUACCCCAGUCUGCCUCAGGUCCUCCAGAAGGGGGGGAGAAUCUACAUUGAUGAUGGACUCAUUGGACUGAAAGUGAUGGAGAUAGGUCCAGAUUGGGUGGAGGCUCUGGUGGAAAGUGGUGGUGUGCUGGGCAGCCGUAAGGGGGUCAACCUGCCAGGGUGCGACCUGGUAGACAUGCCCGCAGUGAGUGAACGUGACGAGACGGACCUGAAAUUCGGUGUGGCCCAGGGAGUGGACAUGGUCUUUGCCAGCUUCAUCCGCUGUGCCAAGGACGUCCGAGAGGUUCGGCGGGCCCUGGGCGCCUUCGGAAAGGACAUCAAGGUGAUCAGCAAGGUGGAGAGUCGCCAGGGAGUGCAGAAUUUCCUAGAGAUCCUGGCUGAGAGUGAUGGGGUAAUGGUUGCCAGGGGCGACCUGGGUAUAGAGAUCCCUGCAGAGAAAGUUUUCAUUGCUCAGAAAAUGAUGAUUGGACGUUGCAACUCUGCUGGCAAGCCUGUCAUCUGUGCCACACAGAUGUUGGAGAGCAUGGUAGCCCACCCCAGACCUACGCGUGCAGAGGGCAGUGACGUAGCUAAUGCAGUGCUGGAUGGAGCGGACUGUGUCAUGCUGUCUGGAGAGACGGCCAAAGGACUGUUCCCUGUGGAGGCUGUGUCCAUGAUGCACUCGAUCUGCAGGGAGGCUGAGGGAGCCAUCUUCCACCAGCAGUUGUUUGAGGAGCUCCGUCGGCUGACCCCUUUGUCCAAUGACCCUACUGAGGUCACUGCAAUAGGAGCUGUAGAGUCUUCCUUCAAAUGCUGUGCGGGAGCCAUCAUAGUACUGACUACUACUGGCAGAUCGGCCCAGCUCCUGUCACGGUACCGCCCACGCUGUCCCAUCGUCGCGGUAACAAGGACUCCUCAGGUGGCACGUCAGUCCCAGCUUCUGAGAGGUGUGUUCCCUGCUCUGUUUCACCCCCUUCCUGCCCCUGUGUGGGCCGACGACGUUGACAACAGAGUCAAUUUCGGCAUUGACAUAGGGAAGGUCAGGGGAUUCUUCAAGACCGGUGACAUGGUGAUUGUGGUGACCGGCUGGAUCCCUGGUUCUGGUCACACUAACAUCAUGAGGGCAGUUCAUGUGCCCUGAACACUCUGCUCCUAUUGGACACCACUAAGUAGCCCAAAAGCCCAACAAACACACCAGCAGAACCUAACUACAUUGCAUGGAUAAUCAGAACAAUAACCAAUUUCCUUCAUGAUGUGGGAAGCACUAUUUUUCCAUUUUCAUUUUUAACUUAAUGUUGUCAUAAUUUCUUUUUGUGAUUAUUAAUUUUUGUCUUAAAGACGCAGUCAAGAGUUUCUGUAUAAUUUCAAGCAGUCGGUAUGAGGUGGUGCUCAUAAGCUCUAUGUCAUCCAAUUGUAUACUACAUCAUCCAUUUUGUAUGUUAACAAACUUUAAUGUUCAGUUUUUACAAUAUGUAACAAAUCCACCACGUAACAUAUCAUAGAAAUGUGGUGUUUCGUUAACAUCACAGAUUGCAUUGUUAAUGUUUGUGUAUGUUUAUUCAAAAGCACUGCCUUUCUCCAAAUUAAGCUCAGAGUAAUGUAUCUCAGCAUAACACCAUCCCUCUCUGUUCAGUCUAGUUUAGUGUUGGCCAUCUGUAUGUUGUAAUAAUUGUAAUAUUGUUUGAGCAACAAAUAAUAAACAGCAUCUAAUUUGGUGAU